AUGUGCAGUUACGAUUGCUCGGUGCACCCAACUGAUAUCAACGAAGAUAAUGACAUCACGGGGAUCGGAGUUUUAAUUGGAUACUGCGCAACUGCGGGCAUCGCGGUGUUCAUUAUCGUGUUUCACUACUUGUUUUCCUACGAACCUCGUCUGGACCCUUUUCAAAAGAGAGGCCCACGAGAACUCUUUUUCAAGGCUUUUGGUAUAACGAAUAGCGGGCGGCAAAAUCAUGCCCGGUUCGAAAAGUCGCUCGUCAAGCUCAAAUGCGGAAUCUCGACACACCAAUGGCAGGUGCUGGUCUACCUCGCAUGGUUCUCUAGCCUGACCCAUCUCUCAUAUCUGACUCUUCUCCGAAACUACCUACAUCAGCGACCGGCAGAACGGAUCUGGCGGCUCUUCUGUAUGUUUGUACUAGUUGUACUACUGAUAUUGGCAUUCCUUCUAAUGGCCAACUACAGAUGGCAAUAUGGAUAUUCUACAAAAAGCACCGGUCGUCCUGCACUUCAGGACUAUGCCAUCUGUUAUCUAAGGCCAGUACAACGUUCUGAUCCAGCUUGGGAUUAUAUGCACGCUUCGGUCGACAACGGUCAUGCCUUUAGUGAUUCUGCUAUAAUGGUCAUGUCUAUAUCAGUCGUUUUGCUGUUCGUUGGCUUUGUGUGCAGGGUGUUGAAAAUGCACCAGAGUCUGUCAUAUUUUUUUGCUCGGACUAUCUGUGGUAGUAUCAGCCGUAUGCUACGCAAACCUUUGCGAACAAUUGAAGGCUGGUGUGUUACUUCAAGUUUCCUUUACAGUUUGCAAAGGCUUCUGUUGUAUCGGCCUCUUUUGGCCCUUUUCCUCACUCUACGUAUUCUAGUGGAUACCUGGGACUCGAUGUUUUUUGAAGUCUGGUGGCUAAUAAUUAGUUUCAUUUGGGGUGUUCAGCGUUUGUUCAGUACCGUGCGUUUCUGUUCCAAUAAAGAAGACAUGGAGUGGAGCUUCGGUUAG